UUGCAAACAAACGUCUCUAAAUCAACAGUCAUAGUUUAGUCAUAGUUGGUUUGAGGGAGCAGAGGUACGUUUAGUAAAUGGUGAAGGAUUAGGCAGAAGAAUACCUGGUAAAAACUGUUCUCAUCGCUGAAUGUGAAUACAUCUGGAUAUUCAAGAGUUAUGAGACUGCCGGCUGUACUUUGCCUCUUGCUGCUGCUCAUUUUUGAGCUUUCUUCAUGCACAAAUCUCCGGGUGAUACCUGGCUCCUCCCUGGAGCUGCCAUGUCUUACGGGCGAAGAAGACAUCUUUGGAGCCACCUUUACCUGGAAAUUCAACGGUGAAGAUGUAAAUGCACAGUCAUCUGUUCCAGUUAAAGUUAUAAAAGAUGGAGCAUAUAUCUCCAUAUCCCCUGUAACUGCUGCCAACCAGGGCGAAUAUGUGUGUUUGGUGAAGAGAGAAAACUCAGAGACGAUAAAUAUGUACAAUAUCGCAGUUGUUGCGUCCAUUAGCUUCACCAUUAAGGUAAAUCAAGGCUCAGACGUUUACCUCCCUUGCUAUCUGCCACGUACCACUCAAGUCAGUGAAAAUGCUCGCUGGUCUAAAGAGCCGAGUAAGAGACUGCAUACUGAAGAUGAAAAUAAUAAGAAGAUUAUGCUAGUUUAUCCAAAUGACUAUGAUCAGACCAUCGUAGUGAAACAUGUUGCCAUGGAAGACACUGGAACCUACCACUGUGAAUCUGCUGAUGGGGAGAAGCUGAGCACUGUGUACCUCAUUGUCGAAGCUGCCAUACCUAAAUCCUUCUCAUGUGAAAACUUCACCAUGCCGUGGGAGGCCUGCAUGGACGUGGACGGCCGCACAGGGGAAGCCAUACUGCAAGAAUCCAUGACAGAGUUCUCUAUGAGCUUGUAUUCUCACCUCAGACAUAUCCACCCCACGAGCAACCUGCUCUUCUCUCCUAUCAGCAUCGGCGGAGCACUCUCCCAUUUAUUGUUAGGUGCGAGGGACACCACACGCGAUGACAUUGAGAGAGCGGUGUCUUUGCCUCAUGACUUCCACUGUAUUCACUCCCAGAUGAGAAGGCUGAAGAACAAGCUGUCCAGCUCAUUGCCCAUGGCUUCUCAGAUCUUCUUUAACCCACAAAUGAAUCUGAGUGAGUCCUUUAUUGCCCAGUCUGCGGAGUUCUAUGAAGCCAAGCCCAUCAAGCUGCUGGAGAACGGCGAGGAAAACGCACAGAUGAUCAACAGCUGGGUGGCGAAUAAGACCAAAAACAAGGUCACACACUUGGUUGAUACUGUGUCACCGGGAACACAGCUGAUGCUGCUCAAUGCCGUCUCCUACAGUGGUCAGUGGAAAGUCAAGUUUGAUCAGAAGCCAAAGAAACGAGGGUUCACGAAACUGAACGGCGACAUAGUGAAGGUGGAAACCCUCUAUCACCAGAAAUACAUGGCCGCUAUGGGGCAUGUGGUGGAGCUACAGGCACAGGUUGCCAGGUUUGCUCUCACCGGCGAAACCAGCCUUUACGUCCUGCUGCCGCGCUCGAAAAGCGCAGCGGACCUGCAGCAGGUGGAGGAGAGGAUGACGGACGGCAACGUGCGCCAGAUGAUCCAGUACAUGAAAACGAUCGCCCUUCAGCAAAUCGAGGUCACUCUGCCUCACAUCAAGCUCGAUGUCGAGCCGAACAUGAACGUACUGAUGAAGAAACUAGGACUGACGUCACUCUUCGAGGGCGCCAACUUGUGCGGCAUGUACUCCACAGACAAGCUGGUUCUGGACGACGCCAGACACCGGGCGACGCUGGCGCUCACAGAGAAAGGAGUGGAGGCCGGCGCCGUCACCAGCGUCUCAUUCUCCCGCUCCUUCCCGUCCUUCUCGGCCCUGCGGCCUUUCCUCCUGCUGCUGUGGAGCGACCAGGCCAACGUGCCGCUCUUCAUCGGCAGAGUGACCGACCCAGAGUGACCGGGGAAAACUUAACAGGAGCUCGUGGUUAGAACAGAAAGCUGUGCUGCCUGUCUGACAUUACUGAACUAUGGUAAUUCCUCAUUGUGUUACUCUGCUUGCUUUUUUCCAGGAUUCAACAUAAACCAGUUGAACACCUUUAUUGCUUGAUGAAAAAAAUCAGAUGUGAUUAAUUCUGGCUUGGAUGUGGAUUUGCUUUCAAACGCUGAUGAAUAAACACGCGUUCACAAA